AUGCAGAUCCCUGGCUUGCUGUUGAGCCUCCUUUUAUCCUGUUUAUUUCUCUCCGUUUCUACUGAAGAUGCUAUACCAAACGAAGUAAUAGAACAAUUUCUUACAUCAAAUCACCAUAAUGAGACAGAUUUUCAAAAUGUGCAGUGCGAUUACAUCCAUAAAAUUAAUGCGUCGUUUCAAUGCCUAUUCGUAAAACGAAAUAUCGACUGCAAUAACAUCGAUGGAUUAAUUAACUACUUGUCCUUAAUUUAUUGUCAACUUUCGUUAAGACUUCGCCCAUUAGCAUUAGCUAUUCUGAUACUAUGGCUACUUGUACUCUUUAUACUAUUGGCUAUUACUGCCGAAGACUUGGAUGCUUACUCAUUAGGUGCUGGCAUGUUUGUUACGAGUAUUAUUGUUGGCACAAUUGGUUUUCGUCAUAAUUUUACUGUUACUCGAAGGCCAUUCUACAGAGAUCUACUAUUUUAUGUCGCAGGUGUUUCUUUAUUAUUCUACAUUCUGUACUACGGUCACAUGAAAAUAGCGUAUUCCUUGGAUCCAGUAGUUGCUCCUGUUGGCAAUGAACUAAUAGGAGAAGUUUCUGAAGGUGAUGGCGAACAGAUGGAGAGAGCUGAUACCCCUAAUGAUACCCGUAGAGGCAAUGAUGCUAUUCCCAAUUUAGAUGGCUUAACUGGUCUAACAAAAGCGUUAGCUGCUACAGAAAUUCUCGGCACUGCUAUGAUUAGCCAUGAUAACCCACCUUUGGUCGCUAACGAGAUAGAACAAGACGAAAUUGAAAAUUCUCCUAACUUUAAUAACCACGAAUUAAGAGAAAUUCAACAAUUUAAUACCCUUAAUGUAUCGACAGAUUCCGAAGAUGAUUGCCUAAUUGGCUUUCAAACUCCUAGUUCAAGUUCAAGCCGACAAUAUAAGCGAGAAUUUAAAACAUUUUUAAAGUCGCUGUUGCCGUUUAAUUGGCGAGAAUGGAAAGAAUCUAAGAUUAUUGCAAAAAUAUUUACUAUAAUUAAGCUUUUUGCCUUUUUUGGGUUUACGGUAUCGGUAUUAUGGAUUUAUGCGACAGCAAAUGAAAUUGUCGAUAUACUCCAAUCCUUUGGUCUAGUUUUAGGUAUAAGCAGCGUUAUUUUAGGAAUCACAGUACUAGCUUGGGCUAACUGCAUUGGCGAUUUUGUAUCGAAUACAGUUGUGGCAAAUCAAGGAUUUCCACGCAUGGCAAUGUCAGCAUGUUAUGGUAGCCCAAUGAUGAGUAUCUUUACGUAA